UUAUACAGUAAAUCAUUUGCUGAAACUCUUAAAAGAGUUGGAGUGACGGCUGAAGCAAUUAUGUACGAUGGGAAGACUCAUACAGAUGUGUUUCUACAGGAUCCGAUGAGAGGUGGAAAAGAUGACAUGUUUGAAGAUUUAGUAGGAUAUAUCCACGCUGGUGAUGCUGAGGCCCGUGCCAGAGAUGCAGAGGCUCCUCCAAGGAGACGCCUUGUGCCUGAAUGCAUGUUAAAACUCGCUCAUAGCGUUAGUCCAUUCUAGUCUCCAACUAACAUUCUUUCUCCAUUUUAUUAUUUUUCUUUGUACAUAAUCUCAUUCACCUCCUAAAUUAAUUUUCAACAUUCCAUUCUAUUACUAGAUUUAGCAAUACAAGUAGACUCAAACAUUUGCUU